AUGAGCGCACAACCACAGGCGAAUGAAGCCGAGAAGAACAUCGAGAUAUGGAAGGUCAAAAAGCUCAUCAAGCGCCUUGAACAAGCCAGGGGAAAUGGAACGUCCAUGAUUUCUCUCAUCAUUCCCCCCAAGGAUCAGGUUUCGCGCGCCGCAAAGAUGUUGGCUGAAGAAUUUGGCACGGCUUCCAACAUCAAGUCCCGAGUCAAUCGUCUUUCGGUCCUGUCGGCUAUUACCUCGACCCAGCAACGUCUCAAGUUAUAUACCAAAGUUCCUCCGAAUGGACUCGUCGUCUACUGUGGUGAAAUCAUCACUUCCGAGGGCAAAGAACGAAAGAUCAACAUUGACUUUGAACCCUUUAAACCAAUCAACACGUCUUUGUACCUUUGUGACAACAAAUUUCACACCGAGGCCUUGAGCGAACUGCUCGAGUCGGAUCAGAGAUUCGGGUUCAUCGUUAUGGACGGAAACGGUGCUCUUUUCGGAACACUGAGUGGAAACACUCGAGACGUCAUUCAAAAGUUCAGUGUUGAUCUGCCCAAGAAGCACGGUCGUGGUGGUCAGUCAGCCCUUCGUUUCUCUCGUCUUCGAGACGAGAAGCGCCACAACUAUGUCCGCAAGGUUGCCGAGGUUGCUGUGCAAAAUUUCAUCACAAACGACAAGGUCAACGUAGCAGGGAUUGUUCUUGCUGGUUCCGCUGAUUUCAAGAACGAUCUCAAUCAGUCCGAUCUGUUCGACGGUCGGUUGCAGACCAAAGUGAUCAAGGUUGUCGACGUGUCUUAUGGUGGCGAGAACGGCUUCAACCAGGCCAUCGAACUCGCCGCCGAAACCCUGGGUAAUGUCAAGUUCAUCCAGGAGAAGAAAUUGAUCGGCAAAUAUUUCGAAGAAAUCAGCCAGGACAGCGGCAAGGUCUGCUAUGGUAUUGAGGAUACCCUCAAGGCACUGGAACUCGGUGCCGCAGAAAUUUUGAUUGUCUUUGAAAAUCUCGACGUCACCCGUUGGGCCCUCAAGGCGUCCACUGGCGAAGAGGUCGUUAUUCAUACCACCAAGGGUCAAGAGUCAAACCGAGAACUUUUUAUGGACAAGGAGACCGGCCAGGAAAUGGAAAUCUCAGAUCAAGGCUCAUUCCUAGAAUGGCUCGCCGAAAAGUACAAGGAUUUCGGUGCCACACUCGAGUUCGUUUCGGAUCGCUCGAGUGAGGGUAACCAGUUUGUCAAAGGUUUUGGUGGUAUCGGAGCAAUCCUUCGCUACAAGGUGAACUUUGAACAGCUUGCCGAUUAUUCUGACGAAGACGAGUUUUACGACGGUAUGAACUUUUUUUUCUUGUUUUAUCGCGAGAGCGAGGAUGGGCCCCCAGAUGUCUCCUCAGUGGAUUCUCUGACGGCUUGCCGUGCAAAAAGCCAAGCCGUUGCCAACCAGAGCUUCAUGGCCGCUUCAGUUGAAGUCGCUAGCCAUAUAACUCUGAGCUCCACCAAGUUAGUCCGAGACCCAUCCAAACUCUACAAUGGAAAAUGCUUCGCAAUGGCAUACCUAUCAUAG